GCCUCCCGGGGCGCCGUAUGGGUCCUUCAUCCUACCAUAUCAUAUUCGCGUCGAUGAAUUUACGGGCAGCAACACGGAGGGCAUAACGCCCCUCCUGCAUCUCCUUACACAUACCCACUCCGACCACAUUACCGGCUUGGCCUCCAGGUCGUUCGGGUACAAUGUCAUCUGCUCGCCGGACGCGAAGGAAAUGUUGCUAAGAUACGAAGUCUACAAGGAACGCGCACUGCUUGCGAUGGACAUCCGUGCGGAGAAGACGCGCGCUUUCGCCCAUCUGAAGGUCGACCCGAUUCAAUGUCCAGAUGGCACUAUGUACUAUACGGGAUCGAGGGACCUCCUGAGAGCAAUACCUCUCAACACAGCUACAAAGUUUGAAUUAUCCGCCGACGAGGAGGUUACGGUGACCUUGAUAGAUGCCAACCAUUGCCCAGGCGCUGUAAUGUAUCUUAUCGAAGGGAAUAAAGGAGCUAUCCUGCACACGGGCGACUUUCGUGCCGAACCCUGGUUCCUCGAUGGCCUAACGCGACACCCCUCUCUGCAACCCUAUAUCCAUAACGGAUACCUGAAUAAGUUAUCACCGGAAGACCUUGCCCUUAGUACUGUCCUGAAGACUCUGGAUGCCAUCUAUCUUGAUACAGCAACGGUCACUUCCCAGCUAAAUGUGCCUUCGAAGGCUCGAGCGACGUCUGGUCUAAUUGAGCUUAUGAAGCUCUAUCCGCCUUCCACGCACUUCUUCAUCAACUCCUGGACGUGGGGCUACGAGGACAUACUCAAAGCAAUUGCGCAAGCGUUUGAUACACCUAUCCACCUCGAUCGCUACAAGUACAGCAUCUUCAAGUGCCUGAGCGACUCUUUCCUACGCCGAAUCGUCACCUCAGACCCAGCUGCGACACGCUUUCACGCCUGCGAGCGAUUCGAUCGCUGCGACCAUGUCGCCGUGGACGACGAGGUCGGAAAGCCGCGCAAGGUGAUCAGUCGGCUGGGCAAGCGCGUCGUAUAUGUCAACCCCGUCAGCAUGGACGAGGAGAAGUGGGAUGAUUACCUGACAGAGCACAAGGCGCUAUUGGAGAAGGGGGAAGCUCCGAGUGUUUUGCUCGUUCCACUGUCUCGUCACUCCCCGCUUCCUGAGCUGCGUGCCUUCGUCAAGCUCUUCCGUCCUCGCCGCGUCGUUCCGAACACCCUUACCCCCGACCUUCAUGGCCUCGACUGGUUUUGCAUCGACCGCAUGUUCGCUGACUGCCUCGCUUCGCCGCCUUCAAACCCUCUCCCCCUCACCGCCGACCCGCGCGUCAAGUUGAACCUAAUGGAGCGCGUGGACGACGAAGAAGGCGACGCCGCACUCAAGAACUUGGUUGGCGCCGGCGCGGACGACGCGGCCGCGCGCUGGGCGAGGGAUGGCCAUUUGCGCAAGCGUAUAGGCGUGUUGGCGGAAUAUAUGACAGAUGAUGAGGUCCUGGUCAUCGACCGGCUGCUUACCGGCAAACCGCUUGACUUCACCGCGAUGGACAAAGGCGAUGCCUCAAGGGUUGCGAAAGCGAACAUCCAGAAGCCAAGCGCUCAGGGUGCUCCGCUUGCGCCCGGUCUAUCUGCGCGUGCCCUAGGCAAGCAACCCGCGCGCGUGCUCGAAAGCGACGAGGAGACAGAGGACGACGAGGAGGGCGAGAAAACGAUGCACAAGCUGUUCUGGCGGCAGGCGGGGAUGACGAGGUCGCAGGCUAUGCUGUCGUCGUCGCCGGCGUCGAAGUCCUCCGCUAUCCCUUCCAGCCCUGCGAAGGCGUCCGUUGUGUUUUCCAGUCCGGCGAAGCCAAUGCCCAGUCCAGACAAGCCUCGUGAGGGUGUCGGUGUAGAUGGGGCGUGGGACAUCGGGCCUGCUCAAGGUGCAGGAAUGGCAAACCGGAUGACGCCGGUAAGCUCGCCCUUGCGACCGCGCGCUGCGCCGCGCACGCCGUCGUCUGCUGCCAAGCGCAAACUGGCGGAGCUUGCCCAGCAAACGCCCUCGCCAGCCUCGAAACGGCGCGCGAUCGACGCUGACAAGCCGCCCACCCUCCGCCCCAUCACCAGCUACGGUCUCCCUCUGACGACCGACCUUGACGUUUUCGCCGUCAAGGCGGAAGCUGUGUCCCCCGUAUCGAGCCGCCGCCUGCGUUCGUCGGCGACAACCCCCUCGACGUCGACGCCACAACGCGCUCGCCUACCUUCUGCAUUCGGCACGUACCGCGUGCUGACGGUGUCUCCGCGGUCGGAAGCAAGGUAUCGCAUGCCAGGACGGCGGGAGCUGCGUGCGUCCCCGCUGUCGAAGAGGCCGCCUGUGACCGGGACGCUACUCGAUGAGCGCAGGACGCCGCUGGCUGAACGCAGGACGCCGCUAGCCGAACGCACUCGAGAUCCCAACGAGCCGACAUCGCCGACGCCUCGAAGGCAUGCGACGGCUAGUCCAUUGAGGGCGAAGCCAGCACACCCUGGGGUAGCGAAGCUGUCGCAUAGCGAGCCGGCGCAAGCGUCGCAUCCUGAACUCGUACCGAUACCUAGCGAGGAGCAGGUGGGAUCAGAUGUGAGGAGUAAGCGGGAGAGGGAGCGUUGUAUCCUUGCGGCAAAGCUCGCGCGGGUGGGGUAUGCGAGGAAGGGGUACAAUGAGAGGCGGAAGGAGGCGGUGGAUAGGAUAGAACGGAGGUUGAGGAAGGAGUCUGAGGAUUAA